GCCGACGCCAGGCGCUGGCCGUGGUGCUGAUUCUGUCAGGCGCUGGCGGCGGCGGCGGCGGCGGCCCCGCUCCCGCUCCCUGGCCGGACCAGGCAGGCUCUGCCGCUCCUGCUCCCACGCCUCACAGAGCCCCUCGCCCGCCCGCUGCGGCCCCAGCCCGGGGCGCGGCUGCCACCGGCACCAUGCGCCCAGCAGCCCUGCUGCUCCUGCCCUCGCUGCUGGCGCUCCUGGUUCACGGACUCUCCUCAGAAGCCCCCACCAUGGGGGAAGGACAAGCCACAGGCAUCAAGGAGACAGAUGGAGAGCUGACGGCCGCCCCCACACCUGAGCAGCCAGAGCGAGGUGUCCACUUCGUCACAACAGCUCCCACCCUGAAGCUGCUCAACCAUCACCCACUGCUGGAGGAAUUCCUUCAAGAGGGGCUGGAGACAGGAGAGGAGGAGCUGAGACCAGCACUGCCCUUUCAACCUGACCCACCUACACCCUUCACCCCAAGCCCUCUCCCUCGCCUGGCCAACCAGGACAACCGCCCUGUCUUUACCAGCCCCACUCCUGCCAUGGCCGCAGCACCCACACAGCCCCAGUCCAGGGAGGGACAUUGGAACCUCGGGUCAGAGGUCCCUGUGCUUCAUAUCACAGCCUCCCUACCUCCAGGGCCCAGCCUUGCAGUGCCCACCCUACACCCAGGAGAGAGACCUAGUACUACACCCCCCAGCAGAGCCUGGACUCCAACCCAAGAGGGUCCUGGAGAUAUGGGAAGGCCAUGGGCUCCCGAGGCCAUGUCCCAGACCACAGGGCUUGGGACUGAGGGCACCAUCACCACCUCCACAGCUUCCGGAGAUGAUGAGGAAACCACGACUACUACUACCAUCAUUACCACUACCAUCACCACAGUUCAGCCACCAGGCCCUUGUAGUUGGAAUUUCUCUGGCCCAGAGGGCUCUCUGGACUCCCCCCAAGCCUACAGCUCAUCCUCUGAUGUCGGCCUGGACUGUUUCUACUACAUCUCUGUCUACCCUGGCUACGGUGUGGAGAUCAAGGUCCAGAAUAUCAGCCUCCGAGAGGGAGAGACAGUAACGGUGGAGGGCCUUGGGGGGCCUGACCCAUUGCCCCUGGCAAACCAGUCUUUCCUUCUCCGGGGCCAAGUCAUCCGCAGUCCCAUGCACCAAGCUGCCCUGAGGUUCCAGAGCCUCCCACCACCUGCUGGGCCCGGCACCUUCCAUUUCCACUACCAAGCCUACCUCCUGAGCUGCCACUUUCCCCGAAGACCAGCUUAUGGAGAUGUAACUGUCACCAGCCUCCACCCAGGAGGCAGUGCCCACUUCUACUGCACCACUGGCUACCAACUGAGGGGUGCCAGGCUUCUUACCUGUCUCAACGCCACUCAGCCCUUCUGGGAUUCCCAAGAGCCUGUCUGUAUUGCUGCCUGUGGUGGUGUGAUCCGCAAUGCCACCACUGGCCGCAUUGUCUCUCCGGGCUACCCUGGCAACUACAGCAACAACCUCACGUGCCACUGGCUACUUGAGGCUCCUGAGAGCCAAAGGCUGCACCUGCACUUUGAGAAGGUCUCUCUGGCAGAGGAUGAUGACAGGCUUAUCAUUCGCAAUGGGGACAACGUGGAGUCCCCGCCUGUGUACGAUUCCUACGAGGUGGAAUACUUGCCUAUUGAGGGCCUGCUCAGCUCUGGCAGACACUUCUUUGUGGAACUCAGUACAGACAGCAGCGGGGCAGCUGCUGGUGUGGCCCUGCGCUAUGAGGCCUUCCAGCAGGGCCACUGCUAUGAGCCCUUUGUCAAAUAUGGCAACUUCAGCAGCAGCGCACCCUCAUAUCCUGUGGGUACCACUGUGGAGUUCAGCUGCGACCCUGGAUACACCCUGGAGCAAGGGUCUAUCAUCAUUGAGUGUGUUGACCCUCAUGACCCACAAUGGAAUGAGACAGAGCCAGCCUGCAGAGCGGUGUGCAGUGGGGAGAUCACAGACUCAGCAGGCGUGGUGCUCUCACCCAACUGGCCAGAGCCCUAUGGCCGAGGGCAGGACUGCAUCUGGGGUGUGCAUGUGGAAGAGGACAAGCGCAUCAUGCUGGACAUCCGAGUGCUGCGCAUAGGUCCUGGUGAUGUACUUACCUUCUAUGAUGGGGAUGACCUGACAGCCCGGGUCCUGGGCCAGUACUCGGGGCCACGUAGCCACUUUAAGCUCUUUACCUCCAUGGCUGAUGUCACCAUCCAGUUCCAGUCAGACCCCGGGACUUCAGUGCUGGGCUACCAGCAAGGAUUUGUCAUUCACUUCUUUGAGGUGCCCCGCAAUGACACAUGUCCAGAAUUGCCUGAGAUCCCCAAUGGCUGGAAGAACCCAUCGCAGCCUGAGCUGAUACACGGCACUGUGGUCACUUACCAGUGUUACCCUGGGUACCAGGUGGUGGGAUCCAGUGUCCUCAUGUGCCAGUGGGACCUAAGCUGGAGUGAGGAUCUGCCUUCAUGCCAGAGGGUGACUUCCUGUCAUGACCCUGGGGAUGUGGAUCACAGCCGACGCCUCAUAUCCAGUCCCAAGUUUCCUGUGGGGGCCACCGUGCAGUACAUUUGUGACCACGGUUUUGUGCUGACAGGAAGUGGCAUCCUCACCUGCCAUGACCGCCAGGCUGGCAACCCCAAGUGGAGUGACCGGGCUCCCAAAUGUCUCUUGGAACAGCUCAAACCAUGCCAUGGCCUUAGUGCCCCCAAGAAUGGUGCUCACAGUCCUGAGAAGCGUCUACACCCCGCAGGGGCUACUGUCCACUUCUCAUGUGCCCCUGGUUAUGUGCUGAAAGGCCAGGCUAGCAUCAAGUGUGUGCCCGGGCACCCCUCACACUGGAGUGACCCUCCACCCAUCUGUAGGGCUGCCUCUCUGGAUGGGUUCUACAGCAGCCGUAGCCUGGAUGUUGCCAAGGCACCUGCUACCUCCAGGACCCUGGAUGCUGCCCACAUUGCAGCUGCCAUCUUCCUGCCCCUGGUAGCAAUGGUGCUGUUGGUGGGAGGUGUGUACCUCUACUUCUCCAGGCUCCAGGGGAAAAGCCCCCUGCAGCUGCCCCGAACACGGCCUCGCCCUUACAACCGCAUCACCGUGGAGUCAGCAUUUGACAAUCCAACUUAUGAGACUGGAUCUUUUUCUUUUGCAGGAGAUGAAAGAGUAUGAAGUCUCCAUCUAGGUGGGGGUACCCUGGGGAAGCUCACUCAGCCCUGCACACAACCCAGCAGAAGGGCUCCUGGCUUUCUAUUGCCCCUCCAUCUCUUGUAUAUACCACCUGGGAAGAGAUGCCACCAAUCCUUCAUGAAGUUGUGCCCUUUCAUGCCUGCAGUGCCCAUCAUGGCCUAUGUACUUGGCACUACUGCUCAUUUAGGGCCUGUCCUUCGGCCCAAGUCAGGGGGCACCCGACUGAGUAAAACACAGCUGGAGCACAUCAUCAACAGCCAGCAUUCUCCUGACCGUCCUCUAUGCCCUGACCCUCCUGCCUGGGAGUCAUAGGCACAGCAGGUAUACCUUUCUCCAUG